ACAUUAUAUGUACUGGUAUGGUUUAUAAAUCAAGGCAAAAGAGAGAUCGAAGCAUCAAUUGGGCGUAUAUGUGAAGGCAUGAUACUGAAGGAAAUGGAGGACACAAUCCUUUUGUAUCCCUCGCCGGGAAGAGGCCAUCUUGUUUCCAUGGUAGAACUUGCCAAGCGCAUACUAACCCACCACCCUUCUUUCUCUGUCACCAUCAUCAUCUCCGAAGCACCUUACGAAACCGGCUCCACUGCCCCUUACAUCGCCGCUGUCUCCUCCACAACCCCUUCAAUUACUUUUUAUCACCUCCCCACCGUCUCCCUCCCCACCAAGAAUACAUCCUUCUCAAUCAUGGACAUCCAUACUCUAUCUUUCGAGUGGCAUACUAUAAAUAACCCUAAUUACCACCAAGCACUCAUAUCCAUUUCUCGAUCGGCCAACAUCAAGGCCGUGAUCAUGGAUUUCUUCUGCAACUAUUCCUUUGAUGUCUCCACAAGUCUUGGCAUCCUCACGUACUACUACAUCACCGGUGGCCUUACUGCAUUCACUGCCUUCCUUUACUUUCCUACCCUGCAUAAGAGCCUAACUAGAAAUUUCAAAGACCUCGAUGAGGUUAUCAAUAUUCCGGGCAUGCCACCUAUCUUAGCAAAAAACAUGCCAGCUCCCAUGCUCGAUCGUUCUAAAACAAUUUACCAGUAUUUCUUGGAGACUGCACUCCAAAUGCCUAAGUCAGCAGGGAUCGUGGUUAACUCCAUUGAAACAUUGGAGGAGAGAGCUCUGAAGGCAAUACUUAACGGAGAUUGCACCCCCGGUGAACCUGCUCCGGCGAUAUACUGUCUAGGGCCGCUGGUCGCUACUGAAGGAAGCGUUGAAGGAGGCACUAAGCACGAGUGCCUGACUUGGCUUGACUCGCAACCGAGUCGAAGUGUCGUGUUUUUAAGUUUUGGUAGCUUAGGGAAGUUCUCCGCAGAGCAGCUGAAAGAAAUGGCAAUUGGGUUAGAGAAAAGCGGUGUAAGGUUUUUGUGGGUUGUGCGCGCUCCGCCGCCGGUUGAAAGCGUGGCCGCCACGACUGAGCCGAGCUUAGAGUCGUUGUUACCGGAAGGGUUCCUAGAGAGGAAUAGAGACAGGGGGUUAGUCUUGAAAGGGUGGGCUCCACAGGUGGAAGUGCUGAGCCAUGACUCGGUAGGUGGUUUCAUAACCCACUGUGGGUGGAACUCAAUGCUUGAGUCGAUGCGUGCGGGGGUGCCGAUGUUGGGUUGGGCGUUGUAUGCGGAGCAGAAUAUAUAUCAGUUGGCAAUGGAGGAGCUGAAGGUGGGUUUGGCGCUGAGGAAGAGGGAAGAUGGAUCAAGUCUCACCACCAAUUCUUCAUCAUGCCCUUCCUUCACCAUGAAACUUAACGCACAAGUAACCGUGAAAAACACCAAGUUCGGUCACUUUAAGUUCCAGAACAGCACCGCCACAUUUACCCACGGAGGCACUUCCGUUGGGGAGGCUACCAUCGUGAAGGCACGCGCCCAAGCGCGGUCGACUACGAAGCCUAACGUAACAGUGACGACGAGUUCAAGUAAGGUCUCCAGAAACUCACAGUUGAGUAGUGAUAUCAAGUCCGGGAUCAUAUCAUUGAGAAGCCAUGCCAAGUUGGAGGGGAAGGUUAUACUGUGCAAGAUUGUCAAGAAAAAUAAAUCUGCUGAAAUGAGUUGCACAAUGGAGAAAAGUGCAUGGUUGCAUGCGCAUGAAAAUCAAGUAGGAGUGAGAGAAUUCAGCUUCAUUCAGAGACUGAAUAUAGCCAUUGAUGUUGCAUUUGCACUUGAAUAUCUCCACUACUAUUGCCAACCGGCUAUAGUUCAUGGAGAUCUUAAGCCAAGCAAUGUUCUUCUUGAUCAUGACAUGGUUGCACAUGUGGAAUAUGGCAUGGUUAGCAAGGCAUCUAUGGAAGGAGAUGUGUAUAGUUUCGGAAUUAUGUUGUUGGAGAUGAUUACAGGAAAGCAACCAACUGAUCCUAUGUUCAGCGAUGGUUUCAACAUUCACCAAUUCACCAAAACUGCAUUGCCAGAGAAAGUGAUGGAAAUUCUUGAACCCUCGUUAUUACAAGAAAUACAUGUGACAGAUAAUAGAGGUAUUGAACAUUCCAGGGCAAGGAACAACAUGGGAAGAAGAACUGGUGUUUUGGAAAGCUUGUCGGAAGUUGCAAGAGUGGGAGUCUUCUGCUCAAUGGAGUCUCCAAAUGAGAGAAUAGAGAUGAAACAAGUUGUUGCGGAACUAUCUGCCAUUAAGCACAGGUUUCUUGGUGCCAGGAAUUGAUUCAACGUUGACAAGGCCCUCGUUGUUUGUCUUCUUUCUUCUUCAUUUUUUCUUUUUUCAUUUUUUAAUUGAAAUAAACUGUAGCCCAUUUC